CCUUCUAAUAUCGGGAGGAGGGGUGGAGGGAUUAAACCACAACAUUGCUCUAGUGAUUUGCCAGAGCUUUGAUGGAGAGGGUUUCAGGAAGCCUGUCAGUCAGAGGCAGCAGCGUACCAAAGGAGUGAUAGUUGUGUGUGUGGGGGCGGCUCAAAGCCAAGGUAUUGCUAAAGGCUGCUUUGUAGAGGGAGCUACCCGUCUACAGCUGACAUGAGGCUCGUCAGCGGCGGGGUUCGGGUUCGAAGGGCCGCCGAGCCGUCCGAACCAGAAUCCGAAGAAACCACGGAGUCACCUCAUCACGAGCACACCCACCAGGAGCACAACCAUCCAGAACAUCCUCAUGAGCAUGAGCACACACACACAGAACAUCACCCAGGCCACGACUACGACCACAUGAAGGAGAAGUUCAUGAAUGAACUGACUCACCUACCAAUUCCCACGUGGGCAGUGGCAGCCAUCGUUGUCGUAGUGCUGGUUUUAGUGGGGUGCUUCAUCUUCUGUGUUUUAAAGAAGUGUUUUGGGAAACAGAAAAAGCCUAAAAAAGUGAGAGAAAGAAAAGCAGGCCGUCGCAGGAAAGAAAAAGAGGGUGAAGGGGAGCCAGGAGAGAAGGAGGGCGAGGUGAAAAAGGAGGGGCAGCAGGAGGAGAAAGAACAGGAGAAGCUGGGUAGGCUGGAGUUCUCCUUGGACUACAAUUUCACAGAUUCACAACUCAUAGUGGGCAUCCUCCAGGCCCAGGACCUCGCUGCUAUGGACAUGGGUGGAACCUCGGACCCCUACGUUAAAGUUUUCCUGUUACCAGACAAAAAGAAGAAGUAUGAGACCAAGGUUCAACGCAAAAACCUGUGCCCUGUUUUCAACGAGACCUUCUUUUUUAAGAUUCCGUAUGCAGAGUUGGGCGGGAAGACGUUGGUGCUGCAGGUUUUCGACUUUGAUCGUUUCUCCAAGCACGAUAUGAUCGGUGACAUAAAAAUCCCCAUGAACAGUGUUGAUUUGGGCCAGCCAAUCCAUCAGUGGAGGGACUUAGAGAGCAGCGAGAAGGAGGAGGAAAAACUGGGGGACGUAUGCAUUUCCUUACGCUAUGUACCCACAGCUGGUAAACUAACAGUUAACAUCAUGGAAGCAAAAAAUCUUAAGAAAAUGGACGUUGGCGGCUUAUCAGACCCAUAUGUGAAAAUUGUUCUGCAACAAAACGGGAAGAGGAUAAAGAAGAAGAAGACAACAGUAAAGAAAAAUACGCUCAAUCCUUACUUUAAUGAGAGCUUCAGCUUUGAAGUCCCUUUUGAACAAAUACAGAAAGUACAAGUCGUCAUCACGGUGUAUGACUAUGACAAACUUGGGAGCAACGAUCCCAUCGGGAAAACAUUUAUGGGGUACGGAGCAACAGGAGUGGGUCUGCGUCACUGGUCUGACAUGCUGGCCAAUCCUAGACGUCCAGUCGCUCAGUGGCACACGCUCAUGCCAGAGGAAGAGGUCGACGCAGCUCUGAAAGCAAAACCCCGUUAAGAGCGUGAUCUCAGAGGGAAACAAUAUGCUGCUGUGAAGGUGUUUUUGUGAUGUUCUAAUAUAUAAUUAAAGACAGAGUAAGUUUCUCAGUUUGGGUGUUGUAUGUGAUGCCCAAUGAAUAGAGGCAUCUUUGUACUAAUAGUGAGUCCAAGUCAUUUCAGCAUUGGUACAGGCAUAAGAAGUUUAGUCAUUUGUUUUGUUUUUUCAUCGCUAGUUCACAUUUGUGUUUAUGUGCCUGUUACAUUCAAUUUUAAUAGUGUUGGCUUCCCCUGUUUACCUCACAUUAUAAACUAGUAUUACUCUGGAUUUUUACACUAUGAUAACAAUCAUUUGUACAUGUGUAUCAUCUGGGUAUAGACUCCUAUGUAUAAAGUAAUAAUUUAAAGCAUUCAUCUGCUGUAAUUUGUCUGUUGGCUCCAAUUUGAUGUGAAGUACACUGAGCUUUUUGUUUAUUUUGUUGUGCUUUUGUGAAAGUCUCAAAAAUGCAAAUAAACAUAAAAAGGACGGA